UGGGGACUGGAGGUGACAACUUCUGCAAACAGAGUUUAGGCUGCCUGCGGAGAGUUUGGGGCUUUGGGGAAAGGCUGGCAGUGAGGAAGAGGAGGAGGAGACGGGGGAAGCAAUGGUGGCCAAGACAUCCUGCGGGAGCCUGGAGGCUGGGGGCUUGAGGGAUGCCUCGGAAGUCCCUGCCUGUCAAAAUGCCCAUCCUGAAGAGCCUAGGGGUGGCAGACUCUAAGGUGCCCCGGGCGGGGACCCUGCCCCUGAGGUCCUCUCGGAACCCCUUUGAGGAAGUGCCAGGGCUGGAAGAGGAGGAGGCUGGGGAGCUGGGGACCCUGCCCAACGGGACAUCUUGUCGCCGCCGCGCCACCCUGGAGAAGCUGGCAGGCCUGGCCCCCUUCCGGCUGGGCUGGACCCCUGGUCGACGGGCAGGCAGCCCCGGGGACGGGCAGUCCCGCUCUUUCCUGGGCCGUAUGCUGGUGCCUGGAAUACGCAGGAGCUCUGCAGAUAUUGGCCUCCUGGCCAGGCUUCAGGGGACCCGAGCGCAGGGCGACGAGGAGGCAGCCGGGGAGGCCGCCCGGAGACUGGCCUUCCUGAGACUGGGGCGUGGGCCCAAGCCCCGGCGAGCGUCACUGGCCGAGAGGGUGGUGCCUGCGGGAGAGGCGGCUCCUGAGCCCCCGCCCAAGGUCCCAGAGCCCCCGAAGAUGAAGGAGCCCUUGUCAGAUUUCAACCCCAACCUCACGCUAAUCCUCAACUCCCUCAUCCCCGCGCCCACCUUCAUCCCCACUCUCAUCUCCACCCUCCCUCCACGGGCAGCCCACUGGGACCUCAGGAGAGCCCUUUCUGCGUCCUCCUGUGCCCUCCACAUCCCGGCCAGAGGCUAUUUCAGCCUGGGCUCCCUGGGGACUGGGAGGGCACUGCAGGGAGCCCGCCGGAGGCUGCCGCUGGCCGACCGCUACGCGCUGCUGCAUUGGCACAACCACGUGUACCCCAGAGAGGUCCUAGGGCUGGUGGACGUGGUUGCCCUGGAGAACGGAGAGCUGGGACCCCUUCUGUCCCCCGGCACCCUGCGGGGUUUGGAGGAUGAAUGUGUCACCGACGUUAAGGCUCAGACACGGACAGCCCUUCUUCGAGUGUUGCAGGAGGAUGAGGAGCGCUGGGGGAGCCCGGAGGACCGGCCCAGCAGCCUGGCACAGGACGUGUGUGAGCUGUUGGAAGAGCACACGGAGCAAGCACCUCGCAUCAGCCAGGAGUUCGGGGAACGGAUGGCCCACUGCUGCCUGGGGGGGCUGGCAGAGUUCCUGCAGAGCUUCCAGCAGCGCGCAGAGCGAUUCCACGAGAAUCCAGGGCUCCGGGAGCUGCCACGUGACGCCUACAUCAGCAGGACCAUCUCGCUGGUCAAUUGCGGGCCCCCCCUGAGGGCUCUGGCGGAGCGCCUGGCCCGGGUGGGGCCCCCCGAAAGUGAGCCGGCCCGGGAGGCAGCGGCCAGCGCUCUGGACCGUGUGACCCGGCUCUGCCACGGUGUCCUGGCCGACCUGCUGUUCCAGGAGCUGCAGCCCCACUUCAACAAGCUGAUGCGCAGGAAGUGGCUGAGCAGCCCGGAGGCCCUGGAAGGCAUCGUGGGCACGCUGGGCGCUCAGGCCCUGGCGCUGCGCCGGAUGCAGGACGAGCCCUACCAGGCGCUGGUGGCCGAGCUGCACCGGCGGGCGCUGGUCGAGUACGUGCGGCCCCUGCUCCGCGGGCGCCUGCGCUGCCGCUCGGCGCGGACCCGCAGCCGCGUGGCCGGGAGGCUCCGGGAGGACGCGGCUCAGCUCCAGAGGCUGUUCAGGCGGCUGGAGUCCCAGGCCUCGUGGCUGGACGCCGUGGUGCCCCAUUUGGCCGAAGUCCUACAGCUGGAAGACACGCCCAGCAUUCAGGUGGAAGUGGGGGUGCUGGUGCGGGACUACCCAGACAUCAGGCGGAAGCACGUGGCGGCCCUUCUGGACAUCCGUGGCCUUCGCAACACAGCCGCCCGCCACGAGAUCCUGGCCGUGGCCCGGGACCUGGAACUGUCUGAAGGGGGAACCUUGUCACCCCCCCGGGACCGGGCCUUCUUCUCAGAUAUCCCCGUGCCCCGCCCGCCCUUCUGCCUCAGCCUCCCUCUCUUCCUGGGCCGUCUGCCCCUCUCCCGGCUGGCCAGGCCCAAUUUGGCCUGUCUGCGCAGGCCCCGGCCUCCCUCCCCAUCACGGCCUCGGGCCCAACGCUGAGACUCUCCCAGGUCCCCGCCUCAGUGCCCCGCGUCUUUGCUGCUGACAAACCAUCCUCCUGUAGGGCCCCCUCCUGACUCCCUGCCUGGGACCACCACAGACCCCCGGGAUGAAAAGAUCCUUAGAGGUCCUCUCCACCACCCCAGACUCCCUGUGCAGAAGGGAAACAGAGGCCGGAGGGAGCAAGGACUUUCCCAAGGCCACGAAGCUCGUCCCUAGCACCACCUCCCAGCCCAGCAUGUGGUGGGUGGUGUUUCGGAAGACUCUACAGAAAUAUCCCAGGCCCCCCCUUCCCCUCACCUCAAGGUCUGGCCCCAAUCCAAUGUAUUAAAGAAUGUACGAUACUUAGAAUAAAGAGGUUUCUAUUUAACACAA